AUGUACUGGCUUGAUGGUAGGGAUAUGAUUCUGCCUCAGGGCGGUGAGGAAUACUGGGAGACACCUGAAUGCAAUGAGGUGAUAGAGAAGGCUCACAAUGUGAUAGGAGUCCUUGCUGACAAUCUCAAGGCUUCUGUUGUUUUGGGUGAUCGCAUGCGGUGGUGGAUUUCUGCAUGUGAAUAUAUCGACACUGUCAUUGGGAUUGUGCCUUGCAUGGCUUUGUGGAGUUAUAGGGACAAGGGUGUUGGGUAUAACACAUGUAAAGAUAUGUUUGAGUGGCUGGACGCCAUUUACGCUGAGUGGACUUCUAUUCCUAUGGUCCGCUUGUAUGAGCUUGCAUGUGAGCACUAUCUGAAGUCCCUUCCAACAGAUCUCAUUGUCCCUCUUGUCAUAUCCCGGAAUCCCGACCCCGCACACUCCCACCACACCACACCUUCCUAA